AACGACUUUUUGAAACACGAUCAGGUAUAAAAAUAAAUUUUUGGAACCCCGUCAGGUUUUAAGGAGAUAGAAGUGUGCAGCGUCUCUCUCCUCCACUGGGUUCUUCGCUGGCCACAGCAAGACGCGAAGGUUCAUCGGUGACUACCAUUUACUAUAGACAAACAAGCAACAAUGCUGCGUACACUAUUAGCGGUGGCGGCGGUGGUGAUGGUCGCGGUGCACACAACAUCAGCCGCACCAAGAGACUUCAAUAGUGUGGUGAAUGACAUGCUACACUCCAUCCUGGACAAAAUAACCGAACCAGUGAAGCCCAGCGGCCCAAUAGAACUCAGGAUUAAACAAAACCAUGUCGCUGACGUAUACCUCAGGAUGGAUGACUGCGAGAUAACGGGCCUGAAGGACUUUGUUGCUCACGACAGUACGAUAACUUUGUAUGGUAUAGGAAAAGCUAACAUCUCCAUCAGCAUCAAAUCUCCCAAAGUGACACUGACUACGGGCCAUUACUUUAUCAAUGGCACUAUGGUGGAUCACGUUGAACUCUACGGCAACGGGCCCGGCUUGAUCUCUGUUGAUGAAAUGGACGUCAAGGUGGAAGGAAGUGCCAAUGUUCUCGGUAUGGAAUUUACGGAGGCUACUCUUGACCUGGAGAUGUGGCGCUGGACGGUUGCUUUGGAAGACUUGAUGCCAGGAACAGACCUCGGGACGGUGUUCAACGAAUUCUUCAGCAUGUACGGUCCCGAGAUCUUUGACAUCGUAGAGAAUAAUAUCAACAAGAACGGCAAACUGGUGGGCAUUAUCAACAAUCUUAUCAAGCAGUACCUCCCGGGAAGGAUCCGGUGAUCCAAUAAUGCAGUAUAUGACAGCAUACACUCUUGACUUGGCUCUUAUGCUCAACUUUCUCUGUUUAAAUGAAAAUAUCUCAUGGAAAUUAAUUAAUAUUCAGACAAUCAUCUUUUGUAUCGUGCUGAUCCUUUCUUAGUCCUUUUCACUUAGAUAAAAACAUCUUUUACAAAACUUAUGUUUUGUGAAAGAUGUAUUACAGCAUCUUAAAAUCUAAUACUGUAGAAAAAGCACAAUAAACUCCUAUUCCUCUUUUC